AUGAUAAAUAAGGAACGAUUAAUUGAUGAUAAUAAAUUACAACGAGAAGCAGAUCAUUUACGAUGGAUAGCAUUUUGUGGCGUAACAAUGUCAACCGUGGCAAUAUUGAUAUGUGUCAUAUCGGUACCAAUGUUCUACAAUUAUUUACAACAUGUGCAAUCAAUGAUGGAAGAUGAAGUAGAAUUUUGUCGAUCAAGAACUGGUAAUAUUUGGCGUGAAAUAACCCGUACACAGUAUCUUGCAAAGUCAACUGAAAAAUUACGAACGAAACGAUCACGUGUAGCAGGCUCUGUUGCGGGUGGCGUAUUUUUUAAGCACCAUAAGCGUCAAGUUACAGCUUGUUGUGGAUGUGGAAUUACUCCACCUGGAGAACCAGGACCUCCUGGAUUAGAUGGUAAAGAUGGCGCAGAUGGUGAACCAGGACGUCCAGGAAAAGAUGGUCCAGAUGCUGUUAAAAAAGAAACUUUUAGCAUACCACAAGAGUGGUGUUUUGAUUGUGAAGAUGGUCCGCCAGGUCCAGCUGGCAGACCUGGACCCAAAGGCCCACCUGGGAGACCAGGAGUGAUUGGAUUUACUGCUGAAGAAAGGAUGCGAGGUCCUCCAGGACCACGGGGUCAAAUUGGGCCUCCCGGUACUCCCGGAGUGCCUGGAUUGAAAGGAGUACCAGGACCACCAGGUCGAACAGUCGAGAAGGAACAACCAAGAGGACCACCAGGACCAGCAGGUCUACCUGGAUUGCCUGGAAGACCAGGUAUUCCAGGUUCUUUGGGUGCACCAGGAGCGGCUGGUCCACCUGGUCAGCUAGGAAAUGCCGGUAAAGAUGGUAUACCUGGUAAACCUGGUGUACCUGGUAAUCCGGGCCCAUUUGGCACAGAUGGCAUAACAGGAAGCUGUGAUCACUGUCCAAAACCACGAACAGCUCCUGGAUAUUAA